CCCAUCAAUCCCUACACCGCGAUCACAACCGUUGACCUUCUCCACGUGUCCACAUCCGCACUGUCCAGUCAAUCUCCGCAUCAGCGCGCUCUCUCUCUCUACAAAGCGACGAGGGUUCUUGCACCAUAUAUCUCUCGUUUCUCUCUCUAGAGGCGAUGGUUCUUGUGGUGGUGGUGGUGGUGGGGGAGGAGGCGUAGGAUGGCGUUCUACGUGGCCGCUCCUCUUAGCGGCAAUUUGCCGAGCACCUCGCGCGCGCGCCGCUCCUCCGCCGAUCAUAAUCAUGCAGCGCUCAACCUGAAGCCAAGAUUCUUGAUCAUUCUUAAAGCUCAAAAGAGAAAGAAUUAUUCUCUUCAUUUAAUCAAAUCGGUCGUUAAAAAACUAAAAUCGAAUAUCAGUAAUGGUGAUGAUGGAAAAACUGAACCAGCGAGAGUUCUUUUGGAGAGACUGUAUGCGAAGACACAAAAUCUAGAUUUCAAUUGUCUGGAGGAUGCUGAAAUAAGUACAAGCCUCAAAGUUUUAAAAUCAGAUAUUGAAGCUGCCCUGUUAGCUCUAAGGAGGAAGGAAGAAGAUCUUCACGAUGCCGAAAAAAGAGUUUUGAUUGAACAAAGAAAAUUAAACUGCACAAAGAAAGAUUUGGAGCGGCGAGAAGAUGAAAUUUCUGCUGCUUCUGCCAGACAACAGCAAAUGGAGGAGGAGUUGAAGAAGACAAAGGGCAAUCUGGCUUCUCAAGCUAUACAAAUUAGAGAUCUAAAGAUUUUCAUUGAGGAGCAAGGUAAAGAAAUUGCAAGAUCAGCCACUUCGCUUUCAGAGAGAGAGAGUGAAAUUGAAAAACUUAAAUCCGAUGUGAUGAAGAAGAAUGAGGAGGCAGCAAUCUUGCGUUCUGAGAUAGAGCUUAAGGAUCGACUAUUACAAGAAGCCAAUGAGACCCUUAGGAAACAAGAAGCUGAAAUAGAAGACCUCCGUAAAGAACUCGAAGGAAAAGAGUUUGAAUUAGCUGAAUCAAAUAAAUUGAGGAAAUCCAAGGAAAAUGAGCUAAAAAUAAUGGAGGUUGAGCUUGAAAAACAAACUGUAGAAUGGUUGGCAGCGAGGGAGGAGUUUAUGGAACUGACAAAGCACAUGGAUGAUAUGAAGGAAACAACUGAGGAUUUUAAACGGGUGACAUCUCUCCUUGCUGCUUUUAGGUCCGAACUAAUAGCCUCACAAGAAUCUCUUGCUUCCAGUCACAGGAAACUGGAGGACCAAGCACUUCAGUUUGAGAAACAAAUGCAAGAAUUAAGCGAACAAAGAGUCUUGCUGAUGUCUUACUCUGAGAAUUUAAAGUUUGCUCAAUUGGAGGUAGAUAGCAAGGCAAAUGAGUUGAGUGCUGCACAUGCUAUAUGCGAGGAACUUGAAUCAAACUUACUGAAGGAGAGAGAAAUGGUGGAGCAUUUGCAAGAGGAGUUAAGUAGAGAGAGAGAGUCCCUGGAGCAAAAAAGCACAGAGACAAGGUCACUACAAAAUGAGCUAAGAGAUAAGGAAAUGCAGUUCCAGAAUUCGCAAAGCCUUCUUCAAGAAAAAGAGUCUGAACUUGCAGAAGCAAGACUUCAAAUCCAGCAUAUGGAAUCCGAGCUAGCCUCCAUCCAACUUAUUGUUCAAGAAAAGGAUUCUGAUCUUUCAGAUGCAAAGAAUAAACUGGUGGAGCUUAGCAAUGAAAUUGUUGCACUUCAGCAGCUAACAAAGAGCAAAGAAGAUCAACUUGUUCAAGCCAUGUCCACAUUACAGGAUAAGGAAGAGUACAUUCAAAUAAUGCAACAAGAAUUAGAUUAUAUAAGGCUAAGAUCAUUGGAAGCUACAUCAGUUGUUCAAAAGAUUGCUCGACUUACGGACAAACUUGUCAUCUCCGUGGAAGGUGAGGAAGAAGAAGCUCUGACAAAUGACACGGACUAUAGUGCUGCUUUUAUGAAGCAGAAGCAAUUGGAGACUCAGCUUGAGAUGGUGAAAGAAUUGUUAAGACAAAAGGAGAUGGAAUUUUUAGAUGCACAGAGAGUUCUCACUGUCAAACAGGAAGAGCUCGAAGCGGUGCAUAGAAGGUGGGAUAUGAGGGAAAAAGAGUUGGAAAAGAUGGAAAAAGAGCUAUUUAGAGAUGCCGAUGGCUUGGAAAAGCUUUAUAGCCUUGCUCAGGAGAGGAUAGGAAACAGAAGCGUGGGUGAACUGGCGAUUGAAAAGCUUCAGAUUGAGGCCACCCAAUUGGAGGCUGAGGCUGCAACCACUGCAUUGAGAAAAAUUGCAGAUAUGACAAAUCAAUUAUUAAAAGAUGGAUAUGCAAGCUCAAAUUCAGGUACUAGUUCUUUUGUGCCUCCAAUUGGAGAAGUGGAAAAAGGUGGUGGUUCAAAUUUGAAUAAGAAUUUCGAUGUCCUUGUAAAGACAGAGAAAGAAGUUGCCGGUCUUUUUGCUUUGACGGAGAAUCUCGUGAAGGAGGCUGGAAUUAGUAGUUUCAGUGAAUAGCAGAAUCAGCUGAUACUAAUACACAGGAUAAUGGUUUGAUUCCUUGUCCAAAAACAGGAGGUGCUUCUAAUUUCUAGAUGGUUCUUUCUUCACCAAAUAUGAUAAUGGAUAAAUCACCCACUAUGCGACGUAAAGGGAAGGACCGGUAUGUAAUUACUCUUCAUCAACUCGGGGAAUAAUGAUCGGGAGAGAGGCUUCGGUGAAGUCCAAAUGUCACUGUUUUUGGAAGCAUCGAAAUCCCGACCAACUCUUCUAUACUAAAUAAACUUCUAAGAGGCAGUAGUUCAAGAGUAAGUACAACUGAUCCAUCUAGUUUGCUCAUUCUUUUACUUAAAUUGAUCUUGUGUACACCACAGCUUGCAUCUCGGAAGCAAUAGAAGAUCUCCCAACUUUUAAGAGAUCAAAAGGUGCUUUGCUCUUCAUUAUAGUACAUAUUUUUGCCGGCAGAAAUUUUUCUCAAUGAGCCAUCACUGCUGAAAUUGAUAAAAUUUACCUGAUUCGUUGUGUGGCUGCUGCUAUUUAAUCCUGUUUUCUUGUGGCUCCCUUCAUUAAGGGGGAAAAAAAAGGUACUAGAAUCAUUCACCACCUGAUUUCAAAACAUCAAAAGUUUACCAACUAAACGGUGAUCUUCUUGUGAUUCAGCAGUGUCCUGUUUCUGUAUGUUCGUUAGUCAUGCGAUCACAGUUUGUCAUGUGAUCAUACGUCAGUCAUAUUAUGACUUAAAUGAUCAGUUUGCUUUUUUA